AAGUGAAUGUACUGAGGCUGCUCCCUAGUGGCACUAUCGCCCCUGUGGUUAUUUUGUUGCCUGUUGGUGCUGUGUAUGGCCGUGAGCGCAGCUCGCAGUGCUGGCCGCGCUCUCCCGCACCGCUAUCAACACCGAGCCCGCUGCGGCGGGGUGACAGUGGCGGCCGGCCAGGCGAUGGGCACGGGAGGCAGCGGCAGGGUGAGCCUGCGGAGCCUCCGCUUCGACAACCUGGCUCUGCGCUCGCUGCCCCUCGACCCGUCCCGAGAGCCCGGCUCCCGCCAGGUGCCGGGCGCCUGCUUCUCGCGGGUCACCCCGGCGCCGGUCGACCGACCCCGGCUGGUCGCCUACUCGCUGCCGGCCCUCGGGCUCCUGGACCUGGGGCCGGGGCAGUCGGAGCAGGAGGUGGCCGAGUACUUCAGCGGGAACCGGGAGCUGCCAGGCUCGGAGCCCGCCGCUCACUGCUACUGCGGCCACCAGUUCGGCAGCUUCGCCGGGCAGCUGGGCGACGGAGCGGCCAUGUACCUGGGGGAGGUGGUCAAUGGGAAGGGGCAGAGAUGGGAGCUGCAGAUCAAAGGCGCUGGACCCACCCCUUACUCCAGACAAUCAGAUGGUCGAAAAGUGCUUCGUUCCAGUAUAAGAGAAUUUCUCUGUAGUGAGGCCAUGUUCCAUCUGGGAAUUCCAACAACACGAGGGGGAACUUGUGUAACAUCAGAUUCUAAAGUCAUUAGGGACGUGUUGUAUGAUGGACAUCCAAUAUAUGAAAAAUGCACAAUUGUUCUUCGUAUCGCUUCUACAUUUUUACGAUUUGGAUCUUUUGAGAUAUUUAAACCUAUGGACGAGUAUACAGGUCGAAAGGGACCUAGUUGCGGUAGAAAUGAUAUUCGAAUUCAAAUGCUUGACUAUGUUAUUGGAACAUUUUAUCCAGAAAUUCAGAGUGCACAUUUCCAAAACACAGUACAGCGAAAUGCUGCAUUCUUCAGAGAGAUAACUAAGAGGACAGCCAGACUAGUUGCUGAAUGGCAGUCUGUUGGAUUUUGUCAUGGUGUACUAAAUACAGACAACAUGAGCAUCGUGGGACUCACCAUUGACUAUGGACCAUUUGGCUUCAUGGAUAGGUUUGAUCCAGAUUAUAUAUGUAAUGGUUCUGAUAAUAGAGGCCGCUAUGCAUACAACCGUCAACCUGAAAUCUGUAAAUGGAAUCUCACUAAAUUGGCUGAGGCCUUGGUUCCUGAGCUGCCUCUGGAGGAAAGUCAGUCUAUCAUUGAAGGGGAAUAUAAUGCAGAGUUCAAGCAACAUUACCUGCAAAAAAUGAGAAAGAAAUUGGGACUUCUUCAAUAUGAGAAGGCAGGGGACGAAGAAUUAGUUUCUGAACUGCUGCACGUUUUUCAGAUAACAGGCGCAGAUUUUACAAACACCUUCCGUUUGCUUAGUGAAUUCGCAAUUCCUGGAAUUUCCACUUUAUUUACACUGGGAGAAUUUCUUGAAAAGCUGAUAAAGCAAUGUGCAUCUUUGGAAGAGCUAAAACUGGCCUCCAAACCAAGUAUGGAUCCACGGCAGCUGUCCAUGUUGAUAGCCCUGUCCCAGUCUAACCCACAGCUCUUUGAUCUGCUUGGCAACAAGGAAGGAAUUGCUAAGGAGUUGGCUCGCAUAGAACGCUUCUCUGAGUUGGAGGAGAUGACAGCCGAAGAGCUACUAAGCAAACAGAAGAAAGCAUGGACAGACUGGCUACAAAAGUACAGGUUUCGUUUGGAGAAUGAAGCAGAAGAUGUUGAUGACAUCGCUGAACUAAAUGCUGAACGUGUGAAGGUGAUGAAUUCAAACAACCCAAAAGUUAUUCUGAGAAAUUACAUUGCACAGAAUGCAAUCACCGCUGCAGAGAAUGGGGACUUCUCGGAGGUUAGACAGGUUCUGAAGCUUCUAGAGAACCCAUACAGUGAAGAGCCUUGUGUGGAUGAGGAGCUGCUGCAAGAAGCAACGGUACAGGCUGCAGUUUCUGGUGAUGCAUUAGACAGCAGGAGAAUGCCGUACCACAGUAAACCACCUGACUGGGCUAGGAAACUUUUAGUUACCUGAUCUUCGUAAACACCUUGUUUUGGCUUCUGGUUAAAAGAGGCCAAACCAAGGUAAGUAAUGAGUGCCUCUGUUUCCUCACAACAGACAUAAUGUGGAGAUCUACCUUUGCAAAAAGCGCACCAGAUAUGCUGAAGUCUACACCCCAUUGUGAUAUAAUGAAAGUUGUGAUUCAUGACUAUAAUAUGUUGUCAGCUGAAGCACGGUGCGAAAAGAAAAUGUGCAAACGUAUUAGUAUAAAAACAAUAAAUGUUUUUGACUGAUCACUUUCUUUAUUAAAAGGAGUGUUUGAGAGAGAUGUUCAGUAUGGAAUAUGAGUUAUCAGAGAACUAAUUUUUCUGACAGAGCAAUGAAAAUCUAUGGGAACAUGUACUACCUCUGUUACAAACUGCAGCAAUUUACAUUGAAGUAGCUAUGCUAACACAGGUGGACUUGCUUAAUGUCCCCUAAAGAAAGAAGCUUAAUUUCAUGAAAAUAACAGAUCAGUUUUGGAUGUGGGUUUUAUUUUUGUAUAGCUGGCAGAAAGCAGACCAGCAAUUUUCCUCCAUAUCCUUGAUAUGAAAGUAGCUGACAUUAUAUCUAUAUAAGUAAGUGUGUAAUGAGUGACAUUCAUAAGUAUGAAAAUAACCAGGUAAUCACAAAUGAUUGAAUGUGCGUUUGUAACUGAAUAGUGAUACAAUUUAGUAGUACCGCUGCUAUAAAUGAUAUUGAACCACUCAGGUGUACAUUGAAAGAUUUAGUCUACCAAAGGUGAGUUGUAAGGCAACUUAUUCAUGUGAAGGCCACUUUAUUUAAUGUACUGUGCUUGUAAUUUCUUAAAAGAUAAUUCUUAAUUUAAUGUAGUCCCAUUUUAAUGUAGUUCCAUUAUUGAAUAGACAGCGUCUACAUGGGGUUGUAGAACAAUUGAUUGCGAGACAAUGAUACUGCUCUGUAAAGGUUGAAAUAUAAGAUCUCCAGACAAAAUCUGUUAUUGUGAAUACAAAAAUAUCAACUCAAAUGUAUUGAGCUAUUUUUGUAUGAUGUGGAAACUGUUGUACUCAAGUAAAAUGUUCAACAUUUAAGAAAUGUUAACGCACAAUAUAGGCUUAUAUUGCUGAAAUGACUAUUUGCACUUGAGGAUUUUUUUAGACAUCCAUUGUUUAGAACCAUUUUGUUAAUUGUAAAAGAUUGAACUUAAAUUUAUUGGCUUUUAAAAUUUAUACAAAUUGCCUGUGUAUUCUGUUCCCUGCAAUGCAGUAAUAAACAACCAUUAACAGUU